CUCUGUUCUGAUUUUGAACGCUCGGCUGUGUUUUCAACGCCAUUGCUCGACGGCACCCCCAAGCCCCUUUUGUUUCUUUUUUUGCGUUUUCGCUGCGCACCGCCGGAGCUCACUUGUUACCCGAGACUGCGGGUCUAGAUUUUGGACUGUGCGUUGAGUGCAGUCGGCUGGGCUAGGCCUGAAACCACAUCGCCAACACUUAUGGACUUCGAAAAACAAGCCUAACACUCCCUGCAAACGGUAUAACAGAUUUUACCUGCUGGGACAGAGCUGUUGGAGAGUGGGGCAGGUAUGAACAAGCCCUUUGUUCAGAACGGCCGCCUUCCUUGUGAUGCAGACGUAGAAAGGCUAACACUUAACGAAGGUUACGUCAACGGGACACAUCACUUCAGGAUGGAGCCUGGUCAGAUGGUGCAGGAGACCUACACAAUGGAGCAAGACCACCAGGAGUCCAACCCAAUGUUAUCUGUGGAGACCAAUGAUGAUGGCACCACAAGACGCACAGAAAUCACGGUAAAAAAAGUAGCAAAGCCCAUUCCAACUCGUACAGUCAUCCCCUCGGUAUCCGACACGCUUUCCUUGGAUGGUGGUGGUUCGAUGACUGGUAUGGGAGCUUACAUCCCACCCAUGGACCGGGGCUACAGGCAGGCACCUGGAGUCGGUGCACCCAUGGAAUACCCCACCCAAACUGUGCCUCGCAACUACCAAUAUGGACCUCCAGGUGGCUAUGAGGACUACCGUGCCGGACCCCCAUCUGAAGCAUACGCAAGCCUUAGCAGGGGUGCUCGCAUGGACGAUCGCUAUAGACCAGUCCAUCCAGAUGGUUAUCGAACUCUGGAUCCGAGCUACAGAGCACCCAGCAGGAACCAGAUAGAUCCCUAUGCUGCUCAACCACAGGUUGGACGAAUGGGAAGUGCAAUGGAGCUUUCUUCAGUCCCAAGGUUUGUUCCAGAGUCGUACGGAAUGGAGGAUGAUCGGCGAAGUAUGGGCUAUGAUGAGUCUGAUUAUGGUAUGGGACAUCCAAUGCACUACAGCACCGUGCCCCGUAACAUCCAUGGCUUUCCCCAAGGGCCACCACGUCGAACUGGGAGCUACGAGGGCACUCUGGAUGGUGAUAUGAGUGGUCCCGGGGACAUGUACUAUUGGGGAGGAGGUGCCCCGAUAGCACAGGGCGAAAGAGGAAGCAUGGCUUCAUUGGACAGCACUCUGAGAAAAGGCCCAGGCCCAGGUGGCUGGCGUCAACCAGAGUUGCCAGAGGUUGUUGCCAUGCUUAACUAUAGGCUGGAUCCAGUCAGGAGCAAUGCUGCUGCAUACCUGCAGCAUCUCACUUAUAAGAAUGAUAAGGUGAAGUCAGAUGUUCGACGUCUGAAAGGCAUCCCGGCAUUGGUAUCAAUGCUUGACAACCCAAACAAAGAGGUGCACUAUGCAGCUUGUGGAGCUCUAAAGAACAUUUCGUAUGGUAAAGAUCAAGACAACAAAAUUGCCAUCAAGAACUGUGAUGGUGUGCCUGCCUUAAUUAGGCUUUUGAGAAAGACCCAUGACCAGGACCUUACUGACUUAAUCACAGGGACACUUUGGAACCUGUCAUCCCACGACUCUGUAAAAAUGGAGAUUGUGGACCAUGCAUUACACGCCCUCUCGGAUGAAGUGAUGGUGCCUCGUUCGGGCUGGGAGCGUGGGAGCAAUGGUGGUGGAGGGGAGGAAAACUGUAAGCCCAGACACCUGGAGUGGGAGACGGCUCUCACCAAUACAGCGGGCUGCCUGAGAAACGUGAGUUCGGAGCGGAGUGAAGCAAGACGGAAGCUGAGGGAAUGCACAGGAUUGGUGGAUUCUCUUAUGUACAUCGUCCAGUCCCAGAUUGACUGUAAAGAUGUCGACAACAAGCUCAUAGAGAACAGUGUGUGUCUGCUGAGAAACCUAUCCUAUCACGUGCAUCGUGAAAUCCCCGGAUGUGAGCGGUACCAAGAAGCUGCGCCUAUCAACCAGGGCCCGGCCCCGUCCAGCCAGAAGAGCGGUUGUUUCAGCUCACGCAAGAGUAAAGAUGAGUGGUUUUCCAAAGGAAAGAAAGAUGAGGAUCCAGCUGCAGACACAAUAGACAUUCCAAAGAGAACGACACCUGCGAAAGGCUAUGAACUUUUGUUCCAACCAGAGGUGGUUCGCAUCUAUACCUCUCUGCUGAUGGAGUCAAAGAACCCCACCGUGCUGGAGGCCUCAGCAGGAGCUGUUCAGAAUUUGUGUGCUGGACGUUGGACGUAUGGCCGUUACAUCCGUGCCUUGCUACGCCAGGAGAAAGGUCUGCCCAUGAUGACUGAACUACUGGCGCACGGCAACGACAGAGUAGUUCGAGCGAUGUCGGGAGCGCUCCGUAAUCUGGCGAUAGAUGCUCGUAACAGAGACCUACUGGGCAAACAUGCAGUGCCUCACCUAGUGGCCAACCUUCCUGGUGGCGGUCAGAGUCAGCCCGUGCGAGCACUAUCAGAAGCAACAGUAGUGUCUGUGUUGAGCACGCUCCAUGAGGUGCUGGGCUCUAGCUUGGAAGCUGCAAAGACUCUCAGGGCCUCACAAGGAAUUGAGAGGCUAGUUCUCAUCAACAAGGACGGUAAUCGUUCAGAGAGGGAAGUGCGUGGGGCUGGGCUCGUACUGCAGACUGUAUGGGCCUACAAGGAGCUGCGGCGUACUUUGGAGAAGGAUGGAUGGAAAAAAACAGACUUCAUGGUGAACCUAAACCCUCCCAGCAACAACACACGGACCAAUGGAGGAUAUGAGGACAGCACUUUGCCCCUCAUAGAUAAAGGUGUCAAAGGUGAACGAGACAUGAUUCCAAUGAAUGACAUGGGACCAGACGCCUACUCCACACUGGACCAACGAGGGAGAAGGAACACUUUGGACAACGCAAUUGAACCUGAUGAUAAAGAUACAGUACAGGGAGUGAGGUAUGGUGAAAGGCAGGCCGCUUUGCCUCUAAUGGAUUCUUAUGAUGAAAAACUAAUAGUGUGCAUCACCAAACGACAUCUACCCGCACACUGCCCUUGCUGAACUGACAAAGAGGGACCAGAACACUACCGAUGGGACAAACCACCACGAUUUUUAUUCAUACUUUCCUCUUAGCUCCUCAUGCUUUUGCAUCAGCUCUUCCCUCUCAAUGACAGUCCUGGUUUUGCAGCUGACAACUCAAUGAAACUCUAAAAACUGGAAAAGUGCUGUGGUUCUAUGACAACAAGAUUGUUCUUCUCCCUUACAUCUCUGCUUAACUACACUACGACUUACCUGGAAAACACUAAUGCUCUAUUUCAGGUCAGACUGGAUAAGAACAUGACGUUUGGGGGAAAAUCUCCGUGAAUUUGUUUAAACAAAAAAAAAAAAUUGAGGGCUUGUGUAAUCACCACCCCUUUUUUUUUAAUGGGUGACAACCACAGAAAGAUUUGUUAUGAUAGAAAAACUGUUAAUUGAUUGACUCUCAUACAUGGCUUUGUAUUUUGUAGUGGUUGUUCCUGUUUUUGCUUUGUUCUCUAAGACAUGUACAUGUGCCAAAAGACAAUGCCGCCGCUCAACUGCCAUUACUGAAUUCACCUAUUAACCACUUAAAGGAAGCUUUUUGUACAAUGUUUUUCUCUGUUAAAGUCCUAAGAGGCAUGGGCAUGCUGCAUUUCUGUAUUUGAUAAUAUUAAGGGGUGUAGGUUUUGAAUUCGGGGUAUCUUAAGAUCAGUCUUCACCUGUGACAUCUGAUAUAUUGCGCUAUGUACAACAAACUCCUUACAUUUUUGAUUCAGCAGAGGCAUUUUCUUAUUUUACUACAAGUCCAUAAUCUGAAUGUGUAAUACCGUACUGUUUUUAACAGUGCUUGUGUGGGCCAACUGGAGUGCCUUGAUAACUCAGGACAGGUAUGAUGGGUGUGUCAAACCAUAACGUGGCUUGUCACUCACCGUCAGCGUAGGGAAUGCUGGGGUUUUGUGUUACACAAGUUAAAGGUAUACAUCUGUUUUUUUUAAGUAGGCAUUGAUUUUUCUUCAUGUGCUUCAAAAACAAAACUCUUGUAUUCUGUAUAUGUGUGCCACAAACACAUGGCCUACCUGCCUUUAAGUAUACAGAACAGCACAUGGGAGAAGAAAGUUGUCCUUUUUGCCCACAUUCUCAAGUUCUGUGCUUACUUAUCCCGUAGAGGACAACACACACUAGUGCAAAGUAAGAUGUAGAUAAUUGAAAGAAAAAAAAAAUCAAAUAAAGCACGUGGUGAUGUUUUGUUUGUCUUUGCUUUAAUUUUUCAUGCCAACUGCCUAAUUUUCAAGUUGCCUUGACUGGACUGACUUCAAAGAAUAGCAAAUUGCAUGGGCUUGGUAUGUCUAUGAAGGCAUAGACCAGAGAAAUAAAAGCACAUUUAUACAAUAUAUAGACAAGAGAAUAUUUGUUAAUUUUAUGCCUUUAUGUAUAUUUUUUUUAAUAUUCAUUUGGGUUUAAUUAUUUUGGGUGUUCUGGGUGAAGCAUAUGCAAUCAGUUUUUGUUAGCUUGAAAAUUGUCUUAAUUAGAAGCUUAAAAAAAUCCAAUUUAUACAUCUGCCAUUUGUUGAAAACUGAUUAUAAACUACACCUUAGCAUUUCUGCCUUUGCUCCUAAAGUUGCACAUUCUCAUUUAUGAAUGACUUAUGUAACUAGCAAUAUUGUUUUUAAUAAAAAGAAAUGAAUUUUCAA